ACCCCCAUAGCAGGCGUAUGAGAGCGUGGGUCAAAAUGUUUGCAGUCUGCUUGUGGUUCCUCACGAGUAAUGCAGCACUCUUUUUUUUUCUACAGCUGUAGCUUGUCGUGCUCAGUAAUGUCUUUAAAGCUGUAGAAAUGUAGUUUAGGAUCUUCUUCCGCUUGUAACUUCUCUGGUUUAAAGGGACAUGUAACGAUCUGAUCAGAGAGACCGCCUCAACUUUCCUUCUGGUGGCUUUAGUUAAAAUGCCUGUGUCUUAAUUUCAGUUCCUCAGGAUAUGAUUUCGGAGGAUGGAAACAAACGACGACGUGUCGGUUAGAGAGCAGCUUUUCCACGACCGGGUCCGAGAGAUCAUCAUUUGCGUGCAGCUCUUUGUCUGCCUAUACAUCUUGUCCUACCUCAUUCUGACACACUUCAAGAAAAAUGCCGAGUUUGUUACAGAUGACAUUGAGGAUGCCACUGUGAAUAAAAUUGUGCUGUGGUUGUGCACGUUUACUCUCUCUGUAGCCGUGGGUGCAGUUCUCCUCCUGCCCAUCUCCAUCCUGUCCAAUGAAGUCCUGCUCACUUUUCCACACAACUACUACAUCCAGUGGCUCAACGGGUCGCUUAUCCAUGGUCUCUGGAACUUGGUCUUUCUCUUUUCCAACCUCUCGUUGGUCUUCCUCAUGCCCUUUGCUUACUUCUUUACAGAGUCAGAAGGCUUUGUUGGUUCCAAAAAGGGUGUCAUGGCCCGUGUGUACGAGACUGCCGUGAUGCUGCUUCUGCUCAGUCUACUGGUGCUUGGCAUUGUGUGGGUGGCAUCAGCGCUCCUCCACGAUAACAUAGCCAGGGAAAGUCUCUACGACCUGUGGGAGUAUUACCUGCCCUACCUCUAUUCUUGCAUCUCACUGUUCGGAGUGCUGCUGCUAUUAUUGUGCACUCCCUUUGGAAUGUCACGCAUGUUCAGCAUCACUGGAAGUUUACUGGUUAAACCACGGCUGCUGGAGGAUGUGGAGGAGACGAUGAACUGUGCUGUGUUUGAAGAGGCUUCUCUCUCCAGGAAAAUCAACAGUAACAGCACCUCCUGCUGGCUGAUCCUGAAUAUGGAGGCGAUGAAGAAGCAGUUUGUGAGCAUACAGGCCAAGCGCAUGGCUCUGGAGACACGGAGGAAGGCGUCUGCAUGGCAACGUAACCUGGGCUACCCAUUAGUCAUGCUGCUGCUCUUAGCCUUAACUGUGGUGUGUGUGUUGAUGGUGUGUUUCCAUGUGCUGGAACUGCUUUUUGAUGAGUCUGCCAUGCCCAGAGGAAUGGAGGACCCUCACCUGGGUUUAGCUUCCUUCUCUGUGUUUGGCUCUCUGGGGGCUACAGUGCAAGUUGUUCUUAUCCUCUAUCUGAUGGUGUCUUCAGUGGUGGGGUUCUACAGCUCUCCUCUCUUCAGCAGCCUUCGACCUCGGGCUCAAGACACGAACCUCACACAGAUCAUAGGGAACUGUGUGUCUCUCCUGGUACUCAGUUCGGCUCUGCCUGUGUUCUCCCGUACUCUGGGAAUCACAAGGUUUGAUUUGCUUGGGGACUUUGGAAGGUACAACUGGCUGGGAAACUUCCACAUAGUAUUCCUGUAUAACAUGCUCUUUGCUGGUCUCACCUCCACCUGUUUAAUCAACACAGUCACGUGGGCCGUGCAGAGGGAAAUCAUCCGUGCCUUUGGUCUCCAUCGCCUGCCUUUUACCGUGUCCCGAUCUGCAGUCCAUUUCAGGCUCCUGUUGGCAAGUGGACUCUCAAAAAUCCAGUGAUGGAACCAGUUGAGGAAGCAUUUUUAAAUCCAGUGGAAGAUUUGAGACCAGAGGCAAGACGUGUUCAGUCUAUCAGCCUACGAGUGAACAGAUCACCAGAAGGCUGGUGGAGGAAUGAGGUUUCUUACAGUCUGGUGAAGGUCAAAGCAGCUGCUUGUGAAGUGAUACUCACAGCUUCACCUACAGGACCUCAAGUGUUUAAGCUUUCACUGCAGCUUUUAUUGCAGGUACCAUGUGUCUCUUAUUGUGGUUCCACAAACACAUGAAGUUCUUAAAGAGGGGUCAAGGCUGCCUUCAUGUUCUCUAAAGGUCAUGUGUUUACAUUUUCUGAACAAAUGCCUUAAUGAAAAAUGUGCACUGGCUGUCAGAGGUGUGACUGACACAUAAACAUUCACUGAAGCUAUUUCAGAGAAUGACCUCAUAAACUCAACUGUCCCUUUCCUGUUGAGCUCUGUAGAGCAGAGCUCGGCCAAGACGCCUUCCUCCCAUCCACCACUAUUUUUAGUGUGCAUCCAUCCCAUUGCUGUUCCUCAGUGGGUCUUAAUGACACUUUUGGAGGAAGGCUGUUGCAGGAAGCCCAGUCUGAUGAGAGAGGGAGGAUACAGGAUGCUCCUUACAUUUAGAUGAAACAGUCUCAUUAGAUUAAUAGAGAGUAAGUUUCUUCUCAUGGAAUCUUUUCCCUCAGUGUUCAGAAAGCUCUGAGUUCUACACAAGAGCCAUGUUUAUCUUUUAUAGUUGAGUUUCAUGUGCACCUUAAUUCAAACUUGCCUUCAAGAUCCUUUUGUGAUAAAUCCAGGUUUUAAAAACUGUCUUGGACCAUUGUAACUGUGAAUAUUUUUUAUUAUGUGGUAACCAUGUGCAAUAAUAUGUUGGGAGUGUUUGUUGGAUAUAUUACGUUCUAUCAAUGCCAGUCCUAAAUACAUGAUAUGCAAUGUCUAGUCAGUGAAAUGCAAAUGCUUUUUAAUUACAGAUAUACAGGGAGAAUUAGCUGUCAUAACUGACAGUGAUACUGCUUUUCUUCUAUAAUUGGUUUUUUUUUUUUUUUUUUUUUUUUUUUACAAACUAUUUAUACUUAUCACUUUUACUUCAUGUGCUGUAUCAGCAUGUUUUAAACAAAUGUUCUACAAGUAAUGGCCAGAAGGGGACAGUGUAUUCCAGUCACUCUACAAGGUUUUGAUUAAUAUGCCCUUUAUUUCAUAUUUCAUUAAAAUAUGGAAUGGCUUUUUUUUUUUUUUUUUUUUUGCGCUCUCUUACACUACCUUAUCAGUGAUGAGCUCACUUUUUCCACAAUAUGCAUUUGUAUUACAUGUGGUUGAUGUAGCUGGUAGAAAGACUGCAAGAUGUUUUGAGCUGUCUUAAUUAGAAAUUACAAGGUAUAGAAAUCAUGUAUAGGUUUGUUAAAUUGUUAAAAAGAUAUUUUUUAAAAAUAAAAAAAAUCCAAAAAAAAAAAAAAGUGACAAUGCAGUGACAAGGGUCGAAAAAUAGUAAUGAAUUAAAAUGAAACACAAUUACACACUGUUUACAUCAUCUGUUAAUGAACUUUUGAAUCACACAAAAGAACAAUAAAUGUAUUUUCAUCUGUUUUUCUAAA